UGAGGAAAUGGAAUAAAUACUGAAUAUUUUUUUUCAGACUAUUAUUAGAUAAAAAAAAAUGCCGGAGGAGCGGGGAGUUAGCUCAGGGUUGCAAAGUGUAAAUAUUGCACAGGCCUUGAUGGAAGAGGACCUAGAGAGAGAGUUGGCGCGAAAUGAAGCUGCAAACAGAAUGGCAAAGGAAAGAGAAGAACAAGCACUAGCUGCUAGACUCAGGGCGGAAACCUCCCAAAAGAUGAUGCAAGAAAUGAUGAGGAAAUAUGAAUUGAUGAGAGAAAAACUUGAAUACACAAAGAAACAUUUAGAUGACACAAAUGAAAAAAUCUCCAUCCAGGACAAACUGACAAACAAAAUCAUAGAUAUGAAG